GGCUGGAGAAGGAGAUGUAUUGAGGAAGGAACGCCCGGAAUCUCAGCCGUCAAUUGACCCAUUAUCGCUUCAUAUAAUUCGUCGUGUAUCUCAACGAGCAUUGCCAAAGGAUGGAACAGAAGUGCAAGAUAUACAGGUGGCCAAACACUCCGACCAGGCCGAGAAGGAGAAUCAUCGACAGUCAACUUCAGAUACCAAACCCAGUCACCAAUCGGUAAAGAAAAAUCUUCGGUUAUGAACAAACUUGGCACCAAGAAAGACCGAAAUAAGUCUACGGCUGGAGGUGUCUCAGAGUCUAUUGCAAGUGAAGAUAGUGAUGCGUCAAGUGUUUCAACUGCUGAAGGGCGCCCUAGUGUUGAAUCUCAGAAGUCACAUGGUCGUAGUGUUAUAACGACAGUAUCUUCUCGCAACGUUGGCGCGGCACCCCACGGACAGCCUAUUGUCAAGACGAGGUCCAAAAUUAAGCCAAACAAAGUAUUUUCUCGCAUGAUAUUUGCUCAAACAUUGGCAACUUCGCAGAAUGAUGAGGCAAAUGGUGACUAUGUCAAUAAUAGCAAUCCCGUAACAUCUGCAGUGGACGAUGAUUCUCUGGCUCCAGAAGAACCAGCCGGCGCAGUUUGGGUAUUGAAGUUCAGCAAAGAUGGUAGAUAUCUGGCUUCCGGUGGACAAGAUUGUGUUUUGCGAGUUUGGCAAGUGAUUGGAGAUGACAGCCAUGACAGCCAGCAAACCGAAGAUGAAACCACCAAAGGAGUUCCCGUAGAAGAAUCUAUCAAAGUAUUCGAAGAUAGCCCUGUUCAUGAAUACGAAGGACAUCAGGCAGAUAUUCUGGAUAUAAGUUGGUCAAAGAACAACUUUUUGCUUUCAAGCUCAAUGGAUAAGACUGUGAGACUAUGGCACAUCACUAGAAAGGAGUGCCUGUGCGUCUUCCAACAUCUGGAUGUUGUCACAUCUAUCACAUUUCAUCCUAGAGAUGACCGUUUCUUCCUUUCUGGCUCGUUGGAUUGUAAGCUACGCCUUUGGAACAUCCCGGAAAAGAAGGUAGCCUAUUGGAAUGAGGUUCCUGACUCCAACAUGGUCACAGCAGUCGGCUUCACUCAGGAUGGCAAAAUUGCUGUUGCUGGGUCUUACAUUGGAUCUUGCUUCUUUUACGAGACUGAAGGGCUAAAAUAUAACACUCAAAUCACUCUUGACUCCAACAAGAGCAGGAACUCAAAGAAAACUCGUAAAAUCACUGGUAUUGAGUCCAUGCCCGGUAUGCCUCCCGGCGAAGAAAAAUUGCUAAUCACAAGCAACGAUUCGCGCAUUCGUCUGAUUAAUUUGAAAGACAAAGGGCUUGUGGCUAAAUAUAAAGGUCUGGAAAAUCCUUCCAUGCAAAUUAGAGCCACGUUCAGUGAUGAUGGCCGGCAAAUUAUUUGUGGAAGUGAGGAUAAGAAUAUCUUUUUAUGGGAGACAGAACAAGCUGGCUUUUCACCAUUCCAUUAUCUUCAAGAUAGUCGAUAUAAAACAGCAGCAACACUCGGACAUUUUGGCGAGCAUCUUGUUCAAACGGCGGUCAACAGUACACACCAUAAUGGCCAACCUACACGAGUGUCCGGUUGGUUGAAGCGUGGCGGUGAAAAGGUCAAGGAGAAGUUGAAAGGCGGCUAUGAAUAUUUUGAAGGCCAUCAUCAAGUUGUCACUGCUGCGAUUUUCGCUCCCACUCGCACAAGACAGCUGGUUGCUCGAACGGGUCGAGACACCAUCUACAAUAACACAGUUAUUCCUGAUGAACCAUCCAAGUUAGCCGCGACUGAGCCCAAUCUGAACAGGUCGGCGAGCAACGCAAGCAACUUGGCGACCCAAGCUGAACUUGAAGCUGAAGAAAACGAGCAAGCAAGAAAGAAUGCUCUAAACUAUACAUAUCCUAAUGGUCAGAUCAUUGUAUCCGCAGAUAACGUUGGUGUCAUCAAAGUGUGGCGUGUUGACUGUGGGGAUUACGCGAGUAAUCAUAUUACACCUACAAACACCAAACAAGAGCACGUCGUUGGCAACAGCGUUCCUUUGCAACAAUAUGCGAGCAACAGUACUGAUAAUACAGUCAAAUCGACAACGUUUUCAAAGCGGGGAUUCAGUUCUAUCUUCGGAAAGCACAAGUAGAGACUGUAUAACUCCAAUGCUUUUUACAUAUCGUUGUGAAAUAUCGCAUUAUGGGAAUUAGAUUCCUUUGUGCAAACCAUUGUACUAAUUAAUUGAGUCCUGACCUUUUACAACAUAACCCCCUGUAUUAUAUUUCGGCAGAUUGAAAGUUCUAAACAUUUGCAUAUUUAAAACCGAUUACUUAGCAUGUAUACUUUAUUCGAAAUAACAUCAACCAUCAUACAUUAUCAUUUAUCUACACUAUGGCUAUGAAGACGAUAGAUCAGAAUCGUCGACAACAUCGCUAUCUAGUUGUUCGC